UAUCACAAAAUUAUCCUUAUUCGUAAAUCCUAACACUCAGCACUGUAAAAGGUUCUGAACCCCCACUUCACCGUUCAAUUUGGGAAUCGAAUGGGUCAGGGAACUCCGGGCGGUCUAAAUCGGCAAGGUCUGCCGGGCGACCGGAAAUCCGACGGCGGCGACAAGAAGGAGAAGAAGUUCGAGCCGGCGGCGCCGCCGGCACGAGUUGGCCGCAAACAGCGGAAACAGAAGGGUCCGGAGGCGGCGGCUCUGUUGCCGACGGUGACCCCGCUGACGAAGUGCAAGCUGAGGCUAUUGAAGCUUGAGCGAAUCAAGGACUAUCUGUUGAUGGAAGAAGAGUUCGUGGCUAAUCAGGAACGACUCAAGCCUCAGGAAGAGAAGGCCGAAGAAGACAGAUCCAAGGUCGACGAUCUUCGAGGUUCUCCAAUGAGCGUUGGUAACCUCGAAGAACUUAUCGAUGAGAAUCACGCUAUUGUUUCCUCCUCCGUCGGACCCGAGUAUUACGUUGGAAUCUUGUCUUUCGUCGAUAAGGAUCAGUUAGAGCCUGGCUGUGCUAUUUUGAUGCAUAAUAAGGUUCUUUCUGUUGUUGGGCUUCUUCAAGAUGAAGUUGAUCCAAUGGUCUCUGUCAUGAAGGUUGAGAAGGCUCCUUUGGAAUCUUAUGCUGACAUAGGCGGUUUAGAUGCCCAGAUACAGGAAAUUAAAGAAGCAGUUGAGCUGCCUCUGACUCAUCCUGAACUAUAUGAAGACAUAGGUAUCAAGCCACCUAAGGGGGUCAUAUUAUAUGGAGAACCUGGAACUGGGAAGACCUUGCUUGCCAAGGCUGUGGCAAACUCAACAUCCGCAACAUUCUUACGUGUUGUUGGUAGUGAAUUGAUACAAAAAUACUUGGGAGAUGGUCCAAAACUUGUGAGGGAACUUUUCAGAGUUGCUGAUGAUCUUUCUCCUUCUAUUGUCUUCAUUGAUGAAAUUGAUGCAGUUGGUACAAAGAGGUAUGAUGCUCACUCAGGUGGAGAACGUGAAAUUCAAAGGACCAUGUUAGAGUUGCUAAAUCAGUUAGAUGGUUUUGAUUCAAGAGGAGAUGUAAAAGUGAUUCUUGCAACCAACAGAAUUGAAAGUCUGGAUCCAGCUUUGCUGCGACCUGGUCGAAUUGACAGGAAGAUAGAAUUUCCACUUCCUGAUAUCAAAACAAGGAGGCGCAUUUUCCAGAUACACACGUCAAGGAUGACAUUAGCUGAUGAUGUCAACUUGGAAGAAUUUGUUAUGACUAAAGAUGAAUUCUCUGGAGCUGAUAUAAAGGCAAUAUGUACUGAAGCUGGUUUACUUGCUCUACGAGAACGGCGGAUGAAGCCAAGACAAAACUAUAGUACAGGUUGAUUUCUUCAAGUUUAAGCAUUCUGAAGUUUGGCAGCUUACACCAUUAAAGGAUGAGUGGCAGUUUCAUAUUCUUUUAAACUUCUCCCUGCAUUGCAAACAACUAAGAGUAGAUAGUGGAGUUCCUUUAUUUCUUUAUAAGAAUAGUGUUAUAGUGAAUGAAAUCUAUGAAGUUUACUCGUAAUAUUUUUUGAGCAGAAGAAAUAUGCAGGCUGAAGAUAGGUAAUGUACUUUAUUUAGAUUAGGUCAACUAAUUGUUUUAAUUUAUUAUAAUAUCAUGGAAGUACUCCUUGUUGCCUCUUUAAAGCAGUAAGCCUGCUUUUUUCAUAAGAAACGGUGUCACUGAAGGUCCUUCAUUGUUAGUCAUAAGUAUUACUAUUAGCUCUUGCCGAGGCUUGUCCUGACCUGAACAUUCCUUUCCCCUAAACUUUUUCUACCCAAAGAAUUUACGUUUCAUUGGUAUCUUGAGCACACACUCGCUGUUAAAUUUGUACUUUACUGCAGUAAAUCCGAUCAUUACAUAUCGAUUUUUUAUUUUUUUUUUGUAUAAUUUGUUUAUAUUUUCUUUUGGUUUGUAUCGUAUAUUAUUUGAAGAAGUUUUCCCUCAAUUUAUGAAAUUUUCUUAAUAUUACUUUUUUCUUCUAUCUUGUUCAGGUGACUCAUGCCGACUUUAAGAAGGCAAAGGAUAAAGUGAUGUUUAAGAAGAAAGAAGGGGUGCCCGAAGGACUGUAUAUGUAAAAUAGCAUCCCUUAUCAUCCCCAGCCCUCGUUCUUUUUAUUGUGGAUUUUGUUUAUGUUCUUGUUAUGCAAACAAAUGCAAAUUCAUUUGUAUUAUGCGAACAGAUGACAUUUGUAUUAUGGGGGCUUUAAAUCUCAACUAUGUUUUUUUUUUUUUUUUUAAUUCAAUAUAUAUUGUUUUCGAUUAGUUUUAAUUGAUUUUGGAAAUUGAUUC